UUUUCAGAUUUAGUUAUAUUUUUUGAUACCAGAUAAUGUCUUUGAAUUUGUCGAUUUUGUAUCCAAACGGCCGUCGCAAAAAUGUAAAAGUUUCAUCGAACGUAGUAAUACUGCAAACUUUGGAAGAUGUAUGCAAACGAGAGAAACUGGACGCAGAAACUUUUUCGUUUUUAUUUCAAAGAAAAAUAUUGGAUGAAUCGUUGUCAUGGAGAUAUGCAAAUGUACCCAAUAAUGCAAAACUUGAACUUUUAAAACAGGAAAAAGUGAAGCAAGAAUCUCCUGUGAGAAUUGCAUUGCAAUUUGAGGGAGGGAACAGAGUACAGCAUUCAUUUUUACCGUCUGUAACAUUGUCUGACAUCUUGCAACACUGGGAAAGUGAACUUUCAACUUUGACCCCACCAGAAGGUCAUGAACCUAGUAUUUUGUAUGUUAGGCAAGAAAUAACAGGAAAUUUUAAACUUUCGAAAACGACCCUGAGUUUGGGUCUAACGAGUGGAAGCGCGAUAUUACGAUUAUCGUAUAAAUUGGUAACAGAAAAUGAACCCAUAGAAAAACCUUCUGAGAAAAAGGCUGAAAUACCAGCUCAACAACCCCAGAAAAUACAGGAAAGAAAUGUUCUCAAACCGCUCGUUAAGUCAGAAAGCAAUGAAGGCAUGAUGAUAACUGAAGAGAUGUUACAGAACGCACUGGAACAAACAUACGCUACGCCUGAAUCUCUCGGAGUAAAUUCCGCCAGAAAUAAUGAUUCUGUAGAGUCCAUGGAGGUUGAUCUGUCAGCUUCUUCUUCAAAAACAGAAUUUUUUGACGCCGUCGGCAAUUCUUCUGCGGAAAGUUUGAAAAAUGGACGUGCUAGACCAAGACGUGUUCACUCGAAUGAAACCGCCCCGAAAAAGAAAGUUAAACAAACACCACCAGAAAGUCCGCAACCUGAUUUUUCUGAGUUUAAAUUUCCAAAAGAAAGUGAAGGGAUGGAUGUGUAUUCUACUGAAAAUGAGGGAAAUGAAAUCGAUUUUCGCCCUCUGAUGACAUCGUGUGACCGAGAACCUAUAUUCUUUAACGAAAAGGAAUUGCAAAGUGCUGAAAUAAAUACUGAUGAUCCAGGGGAUGAGUUUUUUGAACUCACAAUUGACGACAUGAGAAAAAUGCUAUCGGAGUUGCGUUAUUUACAAAAUGAUUCAGAGGAAAAGCCCCUUCUUACAGCCCGGUCUCGAGAAAUACAAAGAUUCCGAUCUAUUAACCAAUAUCCUAAGAUAGUUGUAAGAAUCGUCUUUCCCGAUCAAAGCGUGCUACAAGGAAUCUUCCGUCCCGCAGAACCAGUGCAAUCUCUUUACGAUUUUGUGUCGAAUUUUAUAUCAUCCCCCGCAACGAACUUUUAUUUAUAUACCACCCCACCAAAGGUCAUUCUUAAGGACAGAAAAUCAAUUUUGUACGAUAAUCAUCUCGUCCCGGCUUCCAAAGUAUAUUUUGGAAUGAAAAAUCACGAUUUUGAACCUAAAAUUUUGUCGUCAGAUAUUGGGAAAUGUAGAGGAACAGCAAUUGAAGCAAAUUUAAAACUUCGCUCUGUUUUUGAAUUGAAGUCUCCAACAGUCUCUGCUUCAAACUCUGCGCAAGAAUUUACCAAAGCAACAAGCCAGCCUGGUCAUUCAUCAUCAAGUGUUCCGGACAGCGAAACUCCGUCCACGAGUCGGCAAACCAGUCAAACGUCUACGAACAAUGCUAGUGGUGCUCGACCUAAGGUUCCGAAAUGGUUCAAAUUAGGAAAAAAGUAACUCAAGCUAGCCUUAUAUGAAUGUUUCUAUGAAUCUCGACCCGAUAAUAGUUCUUAAAAUUCACUGACCUUUGUCUUUGGUUGUUUCUUCAUUUCCAGUAAGUAUUUCGUUGAUUCACAAGUGCUAGCGAACUUGCUCAAAUCAAACAUAUAGGGUGUCCAUAAAGUCUUGAAAUUUUUUAAAAUUGCAAAGGCAAUUCAUCGAUACCAUAAAUUGUUUUGGUCUUCACAGAUACAUUAAAUAAGGUAGAAAUACUUGAAUAAGAAUAUAUAAGAAAUGACUCCAUAACAAAAUGGAAAUUGUAAAGAGACCGAGGACCCUGUUAAGCAAAAAUGUGACCAUCUCCUCGAUCAAGUUAUGAAUUUGGCUCUAUUUAGGAUUAAGUUGAAAUUUAAUUUUGGAUUAAUGGCAUUUUCCAUCAACUGAGUUAAAACUGUAUUCCGUUGUGCAAUACUAUUUGCUGGUAAUAUUGGGUUAUUUCUCUGCACUGAGCAUUCAUUGAUUCAAACUACUAUUUUCUGAGAAUUCUUUAAUAUAUAACUAUUCGAAAGUUCA